CGGGCGCCGCCGCUUCGAGCUCGCAUUCGGAUCCGCUAGCGCAGGAAGAUGGCGACGGACGGCGCGAGCUGCGAACCCGACUUCUCCCGCGCCUCGGAGGACGCGGCGGAGGCUACGGCGGAGGCUACGGCGGAGGCAGCGGUAACCGAGUUCCCGAAAAAAGAGUUUGAUGUGGACACGCUCAGUAAAUCCGAACUGCGGAUGCUCCUCAGUGUGAUGGAAGGGGAACUAGAGGCCAGAGAUCUUGUCAUCGAGGCCCUGAGGGCUCGCCGGAAGGAGGUAUUUAUCCAGGAACGGUAUGGGAGAUUUAACUUAAAUGACCCAUUCCUGGCACUGCAGAGGGACUAUGAAGCAGGUGCCAGGGAGAAAGAGAAAAAGCCGGUUUGUACCAACCCCCUCUCCAUCCUUGAAGCUGUCAUGGCCCACUGCAGAAAAAUGCAGGAGCGGAUGUCCACACAGCUGGCUGCUGCUGAGAGCAGGCAAAAGAAGCUGGAAAUGGAAAAGCUUCAGCUCCAGGCCCUUGAGCAGGAGCACAAGAAGCUGGCCGCCCGCCUCGAGGAGGAACGUGGCAAGAACAAGCACGUUGUCCUGAUGCUGGUGAAGGAGUGCAAGCAGCUCUCAGGCAAAGUCAUUGAAGAGGCCCAGAAGGUAGAAGAAGUCAUGGCCCAACUGGAAGAGGAAAAGAAAAGGACAAAUGAAUUAGAAGAGGAACUCUCCACUGAGAAACGAAGAAGCACAGAAAUGGAGGCUCAGAUGGAAAAACAGCUCUCUGAGUUUGAUACCGAAAGGGAGCAGCUUCGUGCCAAGUUGAACCGCGAGGAAGCACACACGACUGACCUCAAAGAGGAGAUAGACAAGAUGAAGAAGAUGAUCGAGCAACUGAAAAGGGGAAAUGACAGCAAACCAAGCCUCUCUCUUCCCCGGAAGGUGAAAGAUAGGCGUUUGGUUUCCGUAUCAGUGGGAACAGAAGGACCUGUGACAAGGUCUGUUGCUUGCCAAACUGACCUAGUGGUCGAAAGCACUGACCACGUGAAGAAGUUGCCUUUGACUGUACCUGUCAAGCCUUCUGCAGGGAGCCCCCUUGUUUCUGCCAGUGCAAAAGGGAAUGUGGUCAGGCCCAGUGUUGACAGGCAGGCUUCCCAUGGUGACUUGAUUUUGUCUUCUGUACCCACUGUCCCACCUCCAAGUGUGAACAAAACUGAGGAGAAUGGACCGAGUACUGGGUCAACACCAGAUUUACCAAGCAGCACACCCCCUCUUCCCAAUAACACUGCACCUCCCGCCGUUCAGCCACCAAGCAUAGCAUCCCAGAACUACUCGCAGGCUUCUUCUUUGCACAGUUUACAUUCACCAUGUGCCAACGCGUCUUUGCAUCCAGGUGUAAACCCACGAAUCCAAGCAGUUAGAUUUAGAUUUCAGGGCAAUGCUAAUGACCAAGACCAAAAUGGAAAUACGACGCAGAGUCCUCCAUCAAGAGAUGUGUCUCCUACAAGUCGUGACAACCUAGUGGCCAAACAGCUCGCUCGGAAUACUGUGACCCAAGCGCUGUCAAGAUUUACAGGCCCUCAAGUGGGUGCUUCUGCCAGGCCUGGAGCACCCACCACGGGGGACAUCAGCACCCACCCCCCAGUUGGUCGGACCAGUUUAAAGACUUCUGGUGUAGCACGAGUUGACAGAGGAAAUCCUCCUCCCAUCCCUCCAAAAAAGCCAGGGCUCUCCCAAACUCCUUCUCCACCGCACCCCCAACUCAAGGUUAUUAUGGAUAGCAGCAGGGCCUCAAAUGCAGGGGCCAAAGUUGAUAAAACUGUGGCUUCGCCUCCUACCAGUUUGCCACAAGGGAACAGGGUAAUAAAUGAGGAGAACCUCCCUAAGUCAUCCUCCCCUCAGCUGCCACCAAAACCAUCCAUAGAUUUAACUGUGGCACCUGCAGGCUGUGCCGUUUCGGCCCUGGCCACGUCUCAGGUGGGUGCCUGGCGUGCAGAAACCCCUGGACUGAACCAACCUGCAUGUUCAGACAGUUCCCUUGUCAUUCCCACCACCAUUGCCUUUUGCUCUUCCAUAAACCCUGUUAGUGCCUCAUCCUGUAGACCAGGUGCCUCAGACAGCCUCCUGGUAACAGCAUCAGGCUGGUCACCCUCCCUAACCCCUUUGCUAAUGAGUGGUGGUCCUGCCCCCCUGGCUGGCAGGCCCACCCUUCUUCAGCAAGCUGCUGCCCAGGGAAAUGUCACUUUAUUAUCAAUGCUGCUUAAUGAAGAAGGACUGGACAUUAAUUACUCCUGUGAAGAUGGCCAUUCUGCCUUGUAUUCUGCUGCUAAGAAUGGACAUACAGACUGUGUGAGAUUGCUGCUGAAUGCAGAAGCCCAAGUCAACGCUGCUGAUAAAAACGGCUUCACACCCUUGUGUGCCGCAGCUGCUCAGGGACAUGACAAGUGUGUAGAAUUACUAAUUGCAUAUCGUGCUAACAUUAACCAUGCUGCUGAUGGAGGACAGACACCUCUAUACCUGGCCUGUAAAAAUGGAAAUAAAGAAUGUAUUAAACUCUUGUUGGAAGCUGGAACUGACCGAAGUGUAAAAACCAGAGAUGGCUGGACACCAGUUCACGCAGCUGUGGACACUGGUAAUGUGGAUAGCCUCAAGCUUCUUAUGUACCACAGAGCACCAGCUUGUGGAGACAGGUUGAACGAGGAGGAGCCCGAGUCUGAUGUCUUUGACUUGGAUGGAGGAGGAGAACGUCCUGAAGGCACAGUCAAGCCUGUUGUUCCUGCAGACCUCAUUAACCAUGCUGACAGAGAAGGCUGGACUGCUGCCCACAUUGCUGCCUCAAAAGGUUUUAAGAACUGCUUAGAAAUCUUGUGUCAGCAUGGAGGGCUGGAGCCUGAAAGGAACGAUAAGUGCAAUCGGACUGUUCACGACGUUGCCACUGAUGACUGCAAGCAUCUGCUGGAGAAUCUGAAUGCUCUUAAAAUACCCUUAAGGAUUUCAAUGAGUGAGACCCAACGAGACAGCUUUGGUUCUGAUGACUUUGAAUGCGAAAACACAAUAUGGGCUUUAACUAUCCGCAGACAGACAUCCUGGGAUGAUUUUUCAAAAGGAGUGAUUCAAGCUCUGACAAAUCAUUUCCAAGCAAUCUCUUCUGAUGGAUGGUGGAGCCUGGAAGACGUGACGUUUAAUAACACCACUGAAUCCAGCAUCGGCCUCGGUGCAAGUAGCGUACUAUCCAUCAUGCUAGGAAGUGUAUCGUGGUCACCUGGUCAGAGCUUCGCCCAGUCCCCAUGGGACUUUCUGAAGAAGAAUAAAGCUGAGCAGGUUACUGUGCUUUUGUCAGGUCCUCAAGAAGGCUGCCUCAGUAGUGUGACUUACGCAUCUAUGAUCCCUCUUCCAAUGCUGCAGAACUACCUCAGGCUGGUCGAGCAAUAUCAUAACGUCAUUUUCCAUGGCCCAGAAGGAAGCUUGCAAGACUACAUAGCACAUCAGCUUGCACUCUGCAUGAAGCACAGACAAAUGGCUGUGGGUUUCUCCUGUGAAAUAGUGAGAGCUGAAGUGGAUGCUGCUUUCUGCAAGGAACAGCUAGUCGACCUGUUUAUCAGGAACGCUUGUCUGAUCCCAGUGAAACAAUCUCCUGGUAACAAGAAAGUCAUCGUCAUCUUGGAGAACUUGGAGAAAUCGUCAUUGUCUGAGUUAUUGGGGGACUUUCUGGCGCCUCUUGAAAAUCGCAGCACUGAAAGCCCCUGUACUUUUCAAAAAGGAAAUGGAACAUCUGAAUGUUAUUACUUCCACGAGAACUGUUUUCUGAUGGGAACCAUUGCAAAGGCAUGUCUCCAGGGCUCCGACCUACUGGUGCAGCAGCAUUUCCGCUGGGUCCAGCUGCGGUGGGAUGGCGAGCCCAUGCAGGGUCUGCUGCAGAGGUUCUUAAGAAGGAAAGCUGUGAAUAAGUUCCGAGGAAAGCUGUCCUCUCCCCGAGAUCCUGUGUGCAAGACAGUCGACUGGGCCCUGUCGGUCUGGCGCCAGCUCAACUCCUGCCUGGCCCGCUUGGGCACACCUGAAGCGCUUCUUGGGCCAAAGUAUUUCCUGUCUUGUCCAGUCGUCCCAGGACAUGCCCAAGCAACAGUGAAGUGGAUGUCCAAGCUGUGGAAUGCCGUUAUUGCACCCAGAGUUCAAGAAGCAAUAUUGUCAAAAGCCUCUGUGAAAAGACAACCUGGCCUUGGACAAACAAAUGCUAAAAAACACCCCAGCCAAGGACAGCAAGCUGUCGUUAAAGCUGCUCUCAGCAUCUUGCUUAAUAAAGCUGUUCUGCACGGCUGUCCCCUCCCAAGAGCAGAGCUAGACCAGUAUAUUGCUGAGUUCAAAGGAGGAAGUUUCCCUUUAUCCAUAGUUUCAAGUUAUAGCAGUUGUGGCAAGAAGAAAGGGGAGAAUGGUGCCUGGAGAAAGGUGAGCACCAGUCCUCGCAAGAAGUCUGGCCGCUUCCCUUCACCCACCUGGAGUAAGCCAGACCUGAGUGAUGAAGGUAUAAAAAAUAAGACCGUAUCACAGCUGAAUUGUAACAGGAAUGCUUCUCUGUCAAGACAAAAGUGUUUAGAGAAUGACCUGUCGUUGACGUUGAAUCUGGAUCAAAGACUCUCUCUGGGUUCAGAUGAUGAAGCCGACCUUGUUAAGGAACUUCAGAGCAUGUGUUCCAGCAAAUCUGAAUCUGAUAUAAGCAAGAUUGCUGAUUCCAGGGAUGAUUUAAGGAGAUUUGAUAGCUCCAGAAACAGCCCUGCAUUUUCAGCAACUGUUAAUAAUCCACGAAUGCCAGUGUCACAAAAGGAGGUCAGUCCUCUCAGCAGCCAUCAAACUACAGAAUGCAGCAAUAGUAAAUUAAAGACCGAGUUGGGUGUUUCAAGAGUGAAAUCUUUCCUUCCUGUUCCUAGAAGUAAAGUCGCCCAGUGUUCCCAGAACACCAGAAGAAGCAGCAGCAGCAGUAAUACAAGGCAAAUAGAAAUAAAUAACAACUCAAAAGACGAGAUUUGGAACUUACGCAAAAAUGAACAAGUAGAAAAACCUAACAAAUAGGCCUGCCUACAAUUUUCUCACUUUUCUGUAUAUUUCACACCAAACCAAGGACAACAAUGUGUAAAUAACUUAGUGUUUCAUUGUGAUAUAAAGUAUGAGUGCGGGACCACUAUUCAAUUUUUUGUAGAGAAUGUAUUUAUAACCAACUUUUUUUUUUUGCAUUUUUUUUUUUUUUUAUUCUGUAGGGUCAAACUUCAAUACUAAGAAGUUACGCCAGCUUUUCAAGUAGUUUUAUAAUAGAAAAAUUAUAAUAGUUUUAAUGAAGAUGUUCAGGGGUAUCAAAGCAGAGUUGUUUGUGUACUGUAUAUCUGUAUAUAUUUGUACAUAUAUGUAUGUGUAUAUUGAAGAAAAUCCGUAAAUCAUAUUGUAUACUACUUGUUACAAAAUGUGUACAGCAUUGGCUUAGAAAACAUGUACCAUUUUAAAUGGAAAUCAUAAUUCUCUGUUCACUUGAUGAGGAAUAACUAGAAUGGGGCAAUAAUAAAUCAUUUCUAAACAGUUUCUUUUCAUUACAAGCCAUAUUAAGUAUUUUGCCUGUUAAAUUCUAGUUUCACAUUUUAAAUCUUUUAAUGGUUACAGUGCUGUUUAGUUGCAUCGUGUAUAUUUAUGCUUAACGAGUUUGCAUUAUAAAUCCUAUAAAAUACGAAAUUAUAAUGAAAUAAAAGUGUUAUCUUUCUUACAAAA